AUGGGGAGCCUGCUCGGUGUUCCGCCGCGGGCGGCGGCUGCCCUGUGCGGGGUGCGGCAGCGGGGCGUGCGGGCAUCUGUUCCAGGCAUCCUUUUUUUUGCAAACAGAUGGCUGAGGUUUGGAAAAAAGGGUUUUCAGUGGGAACCAUGGCUGCCAGUUCAAACAAUAUAUACUUUUACAGUGACAGAUGUUGUUAUUAAGUAUGCGAGUGAGGUUACAGUGCAAACUGGAGAUCUGUUGCCAUGUAGGAUUUGUGGAAGGACUUUCUUUCCAGCUGCACUGAAAAAGCAUGGACCUAUUUGCCAAAAAACUUCUGCCAAGAAAAGGAAGACAUUUGAUUCCAGCCGACAGAGAGCAGAAGGAACUGACAUUCCCACAGUAAAACCUCUUAAGCCACGGCCAGAACCACCCAAAAAACCUUCCAACUGGAGACGAAAGCACGAGGAAUUUAUAGCAACUAUACGAGCAGCCAAAGGACUUAAUCUUAAAGACGGUGGAAAACUCCCACCACCACCUCCGCCAUCCUAUGACCCUGACUACAUUCAGUGCCCGUAUUGUCAGAGGAGAUUUAAUGAAAAUGCAGCUGACAGACACAUCAAUUUCUGUAAGGAACAAGCAGCACGUAUUACUAAUAAGGGGAAGUUGGCAGCUGAUACCAAAGGGAAGCUUCCUACUCGAACACAGUACAAACCUGCUCCAGUUAAGAAGAUGCCUUCUGUGGGGUCAACACCAUCAUCAUCACGCUUACCACAGCCAAGUGGUGUUAGCAAAACUGUUGUAGGUGCCUCUGCAAGUAAAGCACUGUCUUCAUCUGGAUCCAGUGGGAGCAAAAUUCAGACAUUAUCACCAGCUCAUAAAAACUCACUGGGAAUGGUGAACCCACAAGCAGGAGGUGCAACAAAAACGAGGACUUCCACCCCUCCUAGCGUGGCAAGAACCAUGAGCACGGGUGCUCUAACAAACAAAAGGAAAACUAGCAACUCGGACAGUUACUCAAGGUCUGAUGGUAAAAUUGGGUAUAACAGUGGAGAUUGCUCAUCCUCGGUCAAUGGAGGAAGUUCCAAAAGCAGCGAAGGAAAUUCACCUGUACAUUUAUCAAAGUUCUGCCACGAAUGUGGAACAAAGUAUCCCGUGGAAUGGGCGAAGUUUUGCUGUGAGUGUGGAAUUCGAAGAAUGGUUGUGUGA